GACUUCGGACGUGUGCGUUGCGUAAGUAUUGCGCAAUACGCGAGUAUUGCGUAAUAUCGUCUUGCGAAACCCAGCGAGUGGGUAAAUCCAGAAAGUUGCUAAACCCAGCGAGUGGGUAAAUCCAGAAAGUUGCUAAACCCAGCGAGUGGGUAAAUCCAGAAAGUUGCUAAACCCAGCGAGUGGGUAAAUCCAAAAAGUUGCUAAACCCAACGAGUGGGUGGAGAUAGAACGUUGCGGAACCCAACGAGUGGGUGGAGAUAGAACGUUGCGGAACCCAACGAGUGGGUGGAGAUAGAACGUUGCGGAACCCAACGAGUGGGUGGAGAUAGAACGUUGCAGAACCCAGCGAGUGGGUUAAAGACUGAGCUCAAAAACCUAUACGCAUUCCUUGCUGCCAGAUAUCGGCAAUUUAGACGAAACCAUUGUGCUGGAUGGAAGCGUAUACACACACAGUUAUCCAGCAAGCGUUCUUCUCUUGGGAUAAGUAUUCCUUGCUAUACCUAUACUCUCUGUAAGAUAUUGCUGCUCAUGUUUGAGAUAUUUGAUUACUACGAUGCAUUUUGUAGUGUGCUCACUCUAAUGACCUAUAUAUAUGUGUAUAUAUAUGUGCGAAGGUGAUACAUUCUGUGACGAUCUCAAAGUGUCGUUUAGUGACACUAGUAAAGGUUAAGUAUAGCGAACUGGCCUUGUGUUGCGAACCGUUGCAUUUAGUUUUCAUAAUAACUAAUUCGAGUUAAUCUCUCUCACCGAAACAAUGUGCCUGUGAUUCUAGUAACAGGAUUUCUCAUGGAAUGUGUCACGACGUUGAAUGUAUUGAGAAGUUAAUGUACGAAUGUAUAAUCUGAGAGGUGAGUCGCCUCUAUGCUUACAACCUCGUUGUUAUCGGCGAGAUCUGUCUUUGAAUGCGAGUUGAUUGGACAACACAUAUUACUUACAUAUUACAUAUUACUUGCGCUUGGUUCAGUAAGAGAACAAUCACGUCAUCUUCAUUAGUUUAUACAUUUUCUUUAAUGGAAAUAUCUGUGGUUUCCUUUUCUUAUUUCCACAAUUCAUUCACAUAUUCAAUUACAGUUAUAUUAUUACAUUUAAUGAUUAAUUAUAAGUAUAUGAAAAUAUAAACUAUUUUUUUUUGCCUUUGACGAACGUUGUUACCCCUCCCCCCGAUCAACGUAUUCCGUUUACAAGCGUAUGCUAAUACGCAACAUAUUCACUAAUGCUGCCCAGUACAAGGGGUCUCUAAAAUUCAUUAGUAUUAUUUACAUAAAAAAUAUAAGUUGACUAUUAACCAACAAUUCCUGAAAUUCAUGAGAAAUGUAAUUAAAUAAAAAUUUCAGGCUUGUGAAUCGCUAGUAGCCCCUGAAGCGCAUUAAUACUUAUAUCGUUGCACAAUUUUUAGUUCGAGUCUUAUUGGAGGUCUCGAAAAUUCAUUAAUAUGUUUUUUAUAUAACAUUCUAAAAUUCACAUUCACUAAUGCUACCUACAAUUCAUUAAAAGCGUACAUAAAUAGAAAUUUCAAGUUUGAACGUAGCCAGCACCCCCGAAAACCCACUCGCACUUAUAUCGUUGCAAAAUUUUAAGUUCCACACCCUUUGGGGGUUUCUAAAUUUCAUAAAUAUUACUUAUAUAGCAAAUAUAAGUCUGACAUUUACGACAGGUGCUUAAUACUUAUUCAACGUAUAACUAAAUAAAAAUGUUAAGCUUACCGCUUGCCUGCAUCUCAUAAAAAAAAAAAAUAAAAAAUUUUGUCGCUGUAAAAUUUUUAGUUUAGGUCUUACUGGGGAACUCUAAAGCUCAUUAAUAUUAUGUCUCUAAUUAGGAAUAACAUUGGUAUUGAUUAAUGGUGCCUAGUAUUAAUUACAAGUGUAAUUAAAUAAAAAUUUCAAUUUCCCACCAGUAUAACUUCGGGCCUUAACGUCAAAUGGUUCUUUUCAGGUCGUAUACUAAUGUGUCGAAGUCAUCGAAGUGUCCCAAGUUGGCAUUUGAUAUCGAAAGGAAUUCAAUCUUUGAAUCGGAGUCGCCCAUAUAUGUUUUAAAUGAAAAUAGCGAGCUAUCAUCAAUAUCGACCACUUCAUCUAAUGCAGCUACUCGAUCGUCUUUGCCUACUGUGCAAAUCAUGCAAAAGUCUUUUUCUGAAUGGGAAGAUUCCUGUUUCAAUCAUUCGAUGGCACGAUCAACACUUUCUCCAGCACCUCUACAAAGUGAAUCACGUUUAACACCUUCUCCAGCACCUCUACAAAGUGGAUCACGAUCAACACUGUCUCCAGCACCUUUACAAAGUGGAUCACGAUCAGCACCUUCUCUAGCACCUCUACAAAGUGGAUCACGAUCAACACUGUCUCCAGCACCUUUACAAAGUGGAUCACGAUCAGCACCUUCUCCAGCACCUUUACAAAGUGGAUCACGAUCAACACCUUCUCCAGCACCUCUACAAACUGUAUCGCGAUCAACACCUUCUCCAGCACUUCUACAAAAUGGAUCACGAUCAACACCUACACCACCUUCGCAAGAAUGUACGCCAAAGAAGAAGAAAACCAAGGAUUUGAGCAACCAAGGAUUGGAAGAAUCUUUUUUCAAUUUGACUCAGAUUAUGCAGCAACGUUACAUGGCUCCAAAUAAUUCAGGACCUGCAAGCACUGCUGAUAAUUCAUUUGCUUCAUUAAUAGUUGCAGAGUUGGGAGCCUUACCAGAUUCUGAAAAAAGAAGUAGAAAGCAAAGAAUCUUACAAAUUUUAUAUGAGCCUUACAAUGCCUGUUUAUAA